UUAGGCGAUAGAGAAUUAGCAGAUAUUUUAACUAGAGAUAGUCUAGCUGGCAAUAGCAGUAGCACUAAUAAUGCACAGCCUCGUCCGAUCAAUCAGCGUUUCCUGCUCAAUACCCUGAGAAACGUAGAUGAGCAUAAUAGGGGCAAUAGAACGGUUCCAAAAGCUAGUACAUCAUCUAUACCUCUAGCAGAACCUUUAGAUAAAGAUUAUCGUACUUCUGAUAGCAAAUCGUUCGCGGAUUUCACCAAAAAGAAAAGGAAGAGGGACGACAGCACUCAUAAAUCUAGAAAAGGGAAAUCUAAACAACCAAACCCAUUCGAAUCAAAGAUGGAUAAGUAUUUCGAGGCUGAUUACGAUCCUGCCACAGAUAUAAACCUCCCUGAUAACGCAACCGACCAGGAUUUCGAUAGUUGGAAUGUAAUGCUUGAUAACGUCAGAGAGCGCAACAAACUUAAACAGCAAAGAGAAGCUGAACUUUGGGAAGAGGAAAAGAGAAAGGAGCGUGAGCGUGAGAAUAUAAAACUAGGUAGAGAGAAGGCGAAGAUUGCGAAACUGCUCGGUCCAGACGCAGAAAAGGAAUAUCAGAAGCGUAAAAAGGAGGCAAAAAGAGCACGAAAGGAAGAGACAAAAGAGAUGAUUAAAAGUCAAGUAAUCAGUUCAAUUGACAACGAAAGUACGUUAAUGUCUAUGCAAUAUAACAAGAGAGGUACAACAAGGGAGUGGGACGUAGGUAAAAAGUGAUAUCCUCAUAACUUGAAUACAAUUUCCUUCAAAAAGUACUCGUGUAAUCUCUUGUCUUGUGUUAAUUCUGGGUGGAAACUUGUACACAUUUUGUUGAAUUGACGUAAAGCCACAACAUUUCCUUUUGGUGCAAGUUUGUCGUCUAUUGGGUUAUCUAUUAAACUAGCUAAUUCUAUAAUUCCUUUGUCUUGAUCAUAUGAGUGUAAAAUAGGCGCUCUGAUGAAGAUUGCAUUAAAACUUUCAUCCGUAGACAGACAGUUGAACUGUAAAUCUGCUUGAAAAGAUUCAAUCUGGCUACCGUAUUGGUUUCUGUUUACUGUGAUAUCCAUGCCACCGAAUAGCUCUUGACCACCUCUCAUUGUCUUCGUUGCUUCCUUUGAGAGUAAAAUCAUACCGGCACAUGUACCCCAAACGGCUUUAUUUGGGUUAUUACAGAAUGCUCUAAGGGGCUCUAAAAGACCACUUCUUUGUGCCACAAGUGAAAUUGUAGUUGAUUCACCACCAGGAAUGAUUAAUGCAUGACACUUUUCUAAAUCUUCCGGAGUUUUGACUUGCAGAACGGUGGCGUCUGUUAACUGCUUGAGUCUGUGUAUAUGUUCUAUAAAAGCGCCUUGUAAACUCAGAACGCCGAUAGAUUUCCCGGCUGUCAUCUCUCUCUUGUAUACGUCCAAGAUAGUCUGCGUUCAAGAUGGGUGAGUCAUUAGGGAAAAUAAAAAAUCCACCAUAUAUUAAUAGUUAUUUAUUAGCAGAUAGUUCUAAUUU